AUGGGCAACGCGGGUUGUUGCUCCGAUGGGAAAGCGCCAGGAGUGCCAGAGGAACGACCACCUGCUAGACCCCUAGCUGCCAGGAAGGGGAAAGCAGCUAAUGCGUUCGACCAACUGGAUACCGAUGGAGAUGGCUUUAUAUCCAGCACGGAACUCCGAAAAUGGGCAAAAGAUCUGCCUCCGGCACAUUUCAAAGCCUUUUUCAAGUCGCUGGACGUGGACGGGGAUGGUCGGAUCUCGUUCAAAGAAUUUCAAGACAAGUUCUACCCCUUGGAUUUUGAUUUCGACCCUGAGCCAGUUGCUACCGCUUCUGCGCAGCCUGACCUGGACGGGCUUUGGUUGAUGGAGUGGGAUGGACCUUUCAUCCGUUCCAGGGUGUCGAACGGCCGCUUCGAAGCCAUGAAUCAGAGGUUCAAACUGGAAAUGGGCUGCAACCCACUGCAGUUCCAAUGGCCUGACGGAAGCAUCCAAGAGCUAAAGAGUGAAACCGAGAAACAGAUCACGUGGCUGGUAAGGUGUGGAAAACUGGCUGGACAAACCCUUUGCUGGGUCCGAAUCCCUUCUUGUCCAGUGAAUUCUGAGCACUGGAUGGAGCUACGGCAAGACAAAGCUGCUUAUUCGUGUAGCCUUUGUAGCCUGCAGAAGGACCAGGAAUGGUUUUGGAAGUGCCGAUGCUGUGACGCCAUUUCGAUGUGCCCACGAUGUGCCCCUGUUCCACCAGAGCCCGUCUUUGGCGUUAGCGCUGCCUUUGCUUUGGGGGUGUUUCCAGACCUCGCCCGGGAUCAUCUGGUGCGCUAUGGAAGUGGCAGCAGCAACCCCAACUUCUACGAGAUCGCGCCGGUGUUGGCCUAUGGUCCCAACGGCUUGGGAUAUGGAAAGACCUGUCCUCGAGACGGCAAGCCGAACUGCAGCCUGGUGGAUGCAGUGCAUGAGACACACAGGGGCAAAGUUACCCAUUUCGUUUCCUGGUGUUGGGCCUACAAGUUAAAUGACUUUGUCAGUGCCCUGCGGACUUGGGCCGAAAGAGAGAAGAUCACUGCCAGCGAAGUGUAUCUGUGGGUGUGCUUUUUCUGCAACAACCAAUAUCGGAUGUUGGAAUCGCAGACUCAAACCGGAUCUGAUGUCUUGAAAGGAGUCUUCGAGGAUCACCUGGUAGAGGCAGGCCGCAUGUUGCUGCUGAUGGACACUUUUGUUGAGCCGGUUUACAUCACUCGGGCUUGGUGCAUAUUCGAAUCCUUUGUUUGCAUCGAUAAAAAAUUGCCGAUGACCAUCAUUUUGCCCGAGAGUGCGGAAGUGUCGUUCUCAGAGACACUGAACAGCACUGGUGGCUUCACGAAACUGCAGAAAUCCUUUGAAGAGAUGGAUGUUCGCUAUGCGGAAGCCAGCAACAAGGCAGACCAAGAUAUGAUCCGAAAGCUCAUUUUGACGACCAGAGGCUAUGAUGUGGUCAAUGAAGCCGUCAAGAGGAGAGCCUUGCUGAGCAAACGUUCUGGCCGCCGCUUACGCUGGGCGUCGGCAAUUGGCAAAAUCAUUGGAAAGGGCGUCGCAAAGGGCGCACAGAAAAUACCCGCGACCCAGGUGAGACCCCGGCCAAUCGGGGCUAUCCCCAGAGUGCCUGGAGGAGUCCCUAAAGACGUUGUCAUGCACAUUCGAGGACACGGCCUUCUCGUUGCAGACCUGGCGCCCUUCCUUGAUGACAUCCCCGUGAAAGGGACCAGAGAAUUAUUCGAUUCCCCGGAGCUCAUCGCAGUACCGGUGCCAGGAGGUGUGGUAACUGUUCCACUGCGGAAACCACCCACAUUGCCAACGCCAUCGAAUUCAGUGCCAGCCUUGGGGCCAAAACCGCACUUGCCGGGCUUAGGAGAGCAGGAUGUGGAGGAUGGUUGGUUAAACAAGGACGAAUACGUUGUUUGGAAGCCUCAGUAUCCUGGGCCGAUCUGGCGCAUGGCGAAUUGCGGUAGUGCAGAAGGUGCUUGCCUCACCCAUGAUGCAAAUGAAGGUGGAAGAAUUUGCAUUGCGAAUCUCCCGCCUUUCUCAGUCGUGCGCGUGACCGACUUUUAUGCGCGUUAUCCCAGCCGCCUUGUCAUCAACGGCGCUGACUAUAGCGGGAACAUUCUCGAGAACCAGACGUUUGUAUUGUGGUCUGAACUUGUGUGGGAGGGGUUGGAUGGUCACUUUCAGAUCUGCAUGGAGGCACCUCUUCUUUGCCCUGAUGGCUUCGAACUGACUCCAGUGCCGGUCGAGGAAUGCCCCGCAGGUGCAGAAGUGCUUUUCAACUGUGAAGAGGCUGAGCCCGGAGAGUUAUGCGAAGGCAAUGGCCAGUGCGGCACAAGGACCGAUAUCAACAACUGCUAUGACAGCGGCUACACCUACCCAGCUUCCCGUGAUGUCUAUCGGAAGCAGAACUUCACCAGAAACGAAAGCAAUGCUACCGCCUCUACACCAUUCACGACCACCACAACAACUGAUUCCUUCACAGAAAUCUCCCUCGAAGAAGAGCAAGUGGAUGGGCUUUGGCAUUUCCAAGGGCCAUGUGAGGUGCACGGUCGUUGCUUGAGCAGUCCUGGUUAUCCACGCUCGUAUGGUGAGAAUGAGACUUGCGUUGCUUCUUUACCACCUUUCACUGCCUUGAGUGUAAAAGAAUUUAACACAGAAAAGUUCUAUGACCAGCUCACGGUGAAUGGCAUCAGAUACAGUGGUAGAGGUUUGCGGGGCAAAUCAUUUGUAUUAUGGUCCAGCAUCACCUGGACUUCAGAUGAGUCCAAUGAUUGGUCUGGCCUGCACCGUGGGCAUUACUGGAAGCUGUGCCUAGACACGCCUCCCGCGUGCUUCGAUGGUCUAGUGCUGACUCCGGUUUCGGUGCCCGACUGCCCUGCAGCGACAGAACGGCUCAGGGACUGCCAGCGGGCUGAGCCCGGAGAGUUAUGUGAAGGUGACGGCCAGUGUGGCACAAGGACCGAUAUCAACAACUGCUAUGACAGCGACUACACCUACCCAGCUUCCCGUCACGUCUACCGGAAACACAAUGGCACCACGGUCAGUUGGAUAGUGGAUGGACCGUGUAGCGUGGUUGAUGGUUGCGUCCAGAACUUUGGUGGAAAUGAGUCGCGCAGGGAUGAGUGCAACAUGUCUCUCACAGAAGCAGCGUAUGUCACAGUGAGGCAGUUCAGAACGUAUGGUGGCUCGCUUCAGAUCAAUGGACGAGAACUUUCUUACGAUCAGAUCAAUGGGCGAAGAUAUCUUUACGACCACGAUUCCAUUUUCGUAAAUUCAAGCAUUCGUUGGACAUCAGACCCGCCGAAAUGCCAAACGUGGGACCCAGCAUUGGGUUGCUUGAAUUGGUUCGAAGAUCGAUGGCUGAUCUGUAUCGGGAAGCAUAAGCAACUCAGUCCAGACACGUCAGAUCCAGGGUAUAUCAAUCUCGGUGCCGGUGUUCCUUCUGUGUGGAUUUGGUCUUGCGUGAGUGUUACCAUUAUCAUUUUCUUAUCCUGUUGUUGCGGAUGCUGCACAUACCUUUGCAAGAAGGCGGAGGAGUCGGAAGCAUCGCCCUCGCCGCGCUCGUUCAUGAGGAUGGUGCAGCUGGCUUUGCGAGAAGGAGACACAGCCCGAGACCCACAAGUCCGAAGAAUCGCCCUCGCCCUCCAACCACAUAGGUCGAUGCUCGUGGAUCCAGGUCCAGACUAUGCCGAAGUCGCCGAAGUCGUGCGACGAAUACGUCAAAAUCUUCAGCUAACGCAAGGCGAGCACAACGAGCCGCCGUUGCCUGUGACAAAUCAGCUGAAUGGCAUCAGUGCUGCGUAUGUCUUGGAGAUUUUCCCAGCGCUUGCACGACAGAGCACCGGCUUGGAGAACCCCAACUUCUACGAGAUGGCUCCAGUCGUAGCAAUGGGCGAAACUGGCCUGGGAUAUGGAAAGACCUGCUCUGAGGAUGGAGAGCCAAAUUGUAGCAUCGUUGAUGCAGUCGAGGAGCAUCACAAGGGAAAGGUCAGCCACUUUGUCUCUUGGUGUUGGGCUUGCAGGCUCAAUGACUUCGUUGGCGCUCUGCGAGCUUGGAUGGAGGGAGACCGCAUCAAUGCCAGCGAGGCGUAUCUCUGGAUUUGCUUCUUCUGCGACAACCAAUACCGGCUCCCCGAGUCUGGCACCCUCUUCUCUUCUGCAAAUGAACUACAAACAGUUUUGGAGAGUCGUUUGGCGAGAGCGGGGCAGAUGCUUUUCUUAGUUGAUGCGGAUACUACUUGCACAAAAAGGGCCUGGUGCUUAUUCGAAGCCUUCACAUGUGUUGACAAGCAGCUUCCCAUCACCAUCAUGCUUCCGGCUACGCGCGAGGGACUUCAGGAGGCAUUUUCAACCAUUGACCUACGGACUGCAAGGGCCACGAGCAAGGCAGAUGAGGACAUGAUCAACGAGGUGGUGCUCACCGGUGCCGGCUUUGAUGCCGUCAAUGCACGGGUCCAAGACUGCUUGCUCGAGUGUUUGAAGCAUUAG